GAAUUACCGGCAGGAUGAAAGGAAAUCAUUUCUUUUAUUUGUCGUUGAAGACAAUAAAUGGUGAAAAAAUGGAGAUGGCGCUUGGAGUUAAAAAUACGAAUCAAAGAAAUCUGCAUUUUUAUUGACGUUUUCCUAACCUUUCUUUGUUUGUUUAUUUUUGGCAGAGGAAAACGUAAACAAUAACAAUGAAAAAAACUGAGUGAAGAACUGUAUCUAUUUUCAUAAUAUGGAUUCAUGCGUAGUUUUUUAUUAGAAUAUAGUCGAUGUAAAACGUUUUUAUUAUUAUAACAUUCAUCAUGGAUACUGUAGCAUUAGGCUCACACAGAUUGAUUCAUAUUGAUUUGAAGGGUGCUCCACCAAAACCAUCGUACUUUGAGAAGUUUUUUCCAUUUAUAAAGAGUUAUGGAGCAACUGGUAUUCUUCUCGAAUGGGAGGAUACUUUUCCUUACACCAAAGAGUUAUUGCAAAUUGGGGGGCUCUCCAACAGUGCUCAAGCAACAGGAGCUCCCUAUUCUCUCGAAGAAGCUAAACAGAUACUUGACUUGGCUACUGACUGUGAUUUAAUGGUGAUACCUUUAGUACAAACUUUCGGGCAUAUGGAAUUUGUCCUGAAACAUGAUCAGUGGAGGAAUUUGAGGGAGGUUGAAAAUUAUCCAAGUUCAAUGUGUCCCAGCAACAGUGAAACCAUGGGAUUAGUAAGGAGUAUGAUCAAACAAAUUGUGGCAUUUCAUUCCAGUUUGCAGUACAUACAUAUCGGAGCAGAUGAAAUCUGGCACAUGGGUUGGUGUCCUACAUGUACAAAACGAAUGCAGUCAAGUAAAUAUGGCAGAGAUAGUUUGUAUUUGGACCAUGUCGUGGAAGUUGCCCAAUUCAUCAAAGAAAACUAUCCUAAUUUAAAAAUAAUAAUAUGGGACGACAUGCUCAGAAACAUGGACCUCAAAACACUACAGGAGUAUAACAUUGGCUACUUGGUAGAACCAAUGGUGUGGCAUUACAACUCGUUGGAGGAUUUCAAGUUGGGUUCUCCACUAUGGGAUAAGUUCAGCGACGUGUUCAAGUACAUUUGGUGCGCUUCCGCUUUCAAAGGGGCCACCAGCAGUUGUCAGAUCAUGCCUAUCUUAAAACAUCACACAAGCAAUCAUGAAGCUUGGCUGAGGCAAUUGGAACUCUACGGCAACAAGAUUUUGAAUUUUCGUGGCAUUGCCUUCACUGGUUGGUCUAGGUAUGACCACUACGCCACCAUGUGCGAGUUGUUGCCUUGUUCGAUACCUUCUCUGUGUUUUUGUAUGAAGACUUGGUUGAGUGGAAGUCUUAACCAAGAAAUGCAAUUAUCUCUGAGUGAAAGUUUAGGCUUUCCCGAUGGAUAUCAGGUGGAAAUCUUGAAGAAAAUGCCACAUGCACAACUGAAUUUUCCUGGUGGUAAUAUUUUUCUAGGAAUGGAUUUGUUCUGCAGCCUCAGAACGAGGUUUAGGAACAUCAUAAAUAGCGAUCAGAUGCAAACUUGGUUUAAUCAAUGGCAAAUUUGUAAUAAUUAUACGAAUCCCAUGCAAAUCGACACCAUAGCUCCUUUCAUCAAUGAGUUGUUGAUGGAAAUCCUGGCGAACGAGAACUACUUGAAAACAGCACUGGAAAGUAUUUACUACCCCCACACUAUAGAAGAGAUACAAGGUACCCUCUUCAUGCCGAUAAUCCAACAUUUGCGACAAAUAAAGAGCGAUUGCGAGACACAACUUGCCUCAGGAUGCAGAGUGAGAGGAAAGAAAAGAAUGUUAACAUAAGUACAAUAUUAUGAAAAUAUUUUUCUUUAAAUGUACAUGUUCACUUAGAACCUAAUCACUGAAAAAAAAUACAUUUUUUGUUUGUAAA